AUGUCGACUUCUAGAUACCAGCCCGUGGACCCGGUCGUUCGCGACCUCGUUGACUUUGUCCAUCGUUCGUCAGAUCGCGUGAAGGAGUUUGAAUCCGCGGUCGAGUCCGCCUGCGACCCGAAGAAUGGCGGCGACAAGGAAAUGAAGCAGGAGGGUAUCCAGACGCUGGACGACUACUUCAAGUUCGUGGACCAUCUGGUGCGAUGGGUCCCCCAAGUCUCCAGCACCGGCGAUGAGGUGUUGAACAAAAUCCUGGUCUUCUACUGGGUGCUGGAUCAGCCCACGCUGGCUCCGUACCAGACCAAGAUCCACCCUACGACAGCCAACACCGAUCUGACCUGGCUGUCAUACUGGUUGGUGACAUUCGCCCGCGAACAGGGCAAAUGGCUGGAUACGGCCGAUUCCGCAGGAUCGGUGUAUACCUUCUACCGCAAUUCCAAGUACAACAAGGAAGCGGACGCCUGGGAGGAACCCGUCGACGGUUGGAAGUCCUUCAACCACUGGUUUGGCCGUCACUGGAAGGAUAUCAACAAAACCCGGCCUGUCGCUUCCCCCACGGACGAUAAUGUCAUUGUCUCCGGGGCGGACUCCAUGUUCGAUGGCCACUGGGACAUUGUCAACGGCAACAUCGAUUUUAAGGAUACACUCAUCGUGAAGGGGGUGGAAUGGCCGGUGUCGACUCUGCUCCGAAGCACCGGCAUUGACUACAACAAUGGCAGUUUCAUGCAUGCCUUUUUGAGCCCCACGGAUUAUCACCGGCAGCACGCACCGGUCAGCGGCAAAGUGAUCGAGGUCCGGAAUAUCCAAGAUCAAGUCUACCUUCAGGUUUCCAAGAAAGCAGAAGGACCCGGCAUCGGAGGCUCCCGAGGCCUCGUGCGGGCGCCGGCGGACAUUCACCACCGGAAGAAGCACCAUAGGAACGAAUUCUACGAUCUCGAUGCUCCCGACGAAGCGGGAUACCAGUGGUGUCAGACUCGCGGCCUUAUUGUCAUCCAGACCCCCAACCACGGCAAAGUCGCCGUGCUCCCAAUCGGAAUGGCACAGGUGUCGUCGGUGAAGAUGACGGUCAAGGAGGGAGAUGAAGUCAAGAAGGGGGAUAACAUCUCCUACUUCCAGUUUGGAGGAUCUGACAUCUGUCUUGUGUUUGAGAAGCGCGUGAAAUGGCGUGAGGACCUCAAAGUUGGCGAAACCAAGCUCAAUGUGCGCGAGAAGCUGGCGACUUUUGAUUAA